AUGAGAAUCCAGAAGCCCACGAGAAACUUGAGGAAAGUCAAGAGCAAUGCGAACCUACGAAAAAUGCACUCUAUUCCUGAUCAUCCGCGCCAAGGGGUCCUUGUCGAUGAAAGCUUUGGGGACUUGCUGCAGCAACGAGCUACGGGCGUGUACUUCCUGCUGGAAGUCAACACACACGAGCCAGGCUUGACACCCCACGAAAUCAUCGAGGCGCCUGAGCCAGAACCCACGACGGUCAACAACGUCUCCGAAGUUGAGCUGGAAGAGAUCGUCGCCUCCCAUGACGAUCACGACUCCGACAUCGAAAUGCAAGACAGUUGA